AUGCAACCACUCGUGCUUCCACCACCGAGCCUCACUACCGCCCAGUUUGGACAGCCCCGGUUCAACUCGGGCCCAGACGGGUUUCCGUUGAAUCGACCUUGGUCAACCAAUGCUCGAGGGUGUAGCCCACGGGCUCCUCUCUCUCUUCAAUCUAUGUCUGGCUCGCCUGGCGAAGAGCCCACGGUGACAUCCGAAGAAUCUCGGCCUCGAUACCAACAGACUUCCCUGUCAACAGUGACGUCCUCCGAGGAAACCUUUCUUGCUACCAGUUCUGGCUCAUCCCAGAUACCUCCAGCGAGUCAUGAUCCUCCCUCAGCGCCGAUCCGCUCACGAUAUGGAGAUCCUUCGCCGGUCUUUGCUGGCUCCCCACGACUUCCAUCAGGGACACUGGCCCCUCCAUAUCAGUUAUCCGGCUUAGAACAGUCUCUCCCCGGGUCAUCAAGUCGAUCCCUAGCCCCAAAGUCCACUCGAAGGACAAAGGCUCAUGUAGCAUCAGCAUGUGUGAACUGUAAAAAGAAACAUCUGGGAUGUGACCCAGCACGUCCAUGUCGAAGAUGUGUUCUUGCGGGCAAGGCUUCGUCCUGCGUGGAUGUAACUCACAAGAAACGAGGACGACCACCAUUGAAAUCAGAAGAUUCAUCCAUUCGACCAUAUACAACACAUGCAGACCACCCAGCAGUACCAGCCGAGUCUCAAUCAUCAAUGGCGGCACAUAGAGCCACCUUGCACCGGCCAACUUCAUCCCGCGAACUUCGACCGAUGACCGAUCUCCACGCCAUGACCUCACCCAGCGCCACAGCCGGAUCGAGAGCUCCACGCAGUCAGCAACAACGCUGGUCAGCUUCAGUUUUCCCAUUGACUCGACCCAUAGAGCCGAUAUCGACACUUCCUAAUUCGGGAGUCCGGCGACCGUUCUCUUCAUCAGGCGCACCGUCAGAUCCAUCAUUGGGUCAUCCACCAGCACCAUUUAUCCCCAUGGCCAGCGGAUUCAACCCGGUGAUUCAAACGGGAACUAUGGCUGCCGGGUUUGACAGACGAUUUCCAACCUAUGGAGGUCCCGCGUUACCUCCACCAACAUCACCUCCGCAACACCACCACCACUCGGGAGUUCCUUUCGUUCCUUAUUCCGAGUCUCCCAGUCAAGGCUCCCUUCACCAGGUGAUACCGGAUCCCAGAAUACCACCAGUACCUCGUGAACAAUACCUAGAGUCCCCCGUCCGCUUGCCUCCAAUCCACCACGCUACCGCCAGCGCUGGCCCACCACCCCCCGGACCACCCCCAGGUGUGCCUCACCAUGCUCACAGACUCAGUGAUCCCUACCCCGGAAUUUGGACUGCUGGAAGAGAAGAGGCCCGAAGAGAUUCUCGGGCCCCAAUUUCGUCCCAGAGACCCAUAGGCUCUAUGUUCGCUCACUCACCACAUCAUCAACGCUCUUCCUCGUCCACAACGGGGCCCCGGGACCCUAUCCCCCGACACCUUGGUCCAAUUGAUCUCUCAAGUCCUGUCCAGCUAGGCCAUUCUCCACCCCUUGGAAUUCACCCCGCCCCAUCUACGACCAAAUCUGAUCCUGAGCCUGAACCACGGCCAGUGAAACGCCGCAAAAUGGCCUUGGAUGACAUGGUCAAUGGCUAA